AUGACGACUCCCCGUGCCUUUGUCAUCCGCCACGGCGAGACGGAAUGGUCACUAAACGGCCGGCAUACCGGCAGCACCGAUAUCCCGCUCACUGCUAAUGGCGAGAAGCGUGUGCGCGCUACCGGCCGCGCCCUGGUUGGGAGUGAUCGCCUCAUUGUGCCCAAACGAAUCUCUCACAUCUACGUCUCCCCUCGCAAACGCGCCCAGCGCACCUUUGAACUGCUAAACCUCGGCAUCAACGACAACCUCCCCUGGAAGGAACACGGCGAGAUCGAGGGCAACGGCCCGCACUGCAACGCCUGCGUCGAGGUCACCGAGGACAUUCGCGAAUGGGACUACGGCGACUACGAGGGCAUCACGUCGCCGGAGAUCCGCCGCUUCCGCAAGGAGCAGGAUCUUUCUGAGAACUGGGACAUUUGGCGCGACGGCUGCCCCGGCGGCGAGAGCCCCCAAGACGUGACGGAACGUCUGGACCGCCUGAUCAAAGACAUCCGCGACAGGUGGCACAGCCCCGUCAUCGGCAACAAGGACGCGCCCAACGGGGACGUCCUCGUCGUUGCCCACGGCCACAUCCUCCGCGCCUUUGCCAUGCGCUGGGCCGGCAAGACUUUGCAGGACGGGCCGGCCUUUCUGCUCGAGGCUGGGGGUGUCGGUACUCUGAGUUACGAGCACCACAGCAUCGAGGAACCUGCCAUUCUGCUUGGAGGUGCUUUUGCUGUUGAUAUCAUUGAUAAGGAAUAG